GCGCGUGUGUCUGGCUGAGGCUUUCCUCACAGCUGACAUCAUUCUGAGUACACUGCAGAAUAUCUCCGAGGGACUUGUGGUAUAUCCGAAGGUGAUUGCAAGGAGGAUUGGGCAGGAGCUGCCAUUCAUGGCCACAGAGAAUAUAAUCAUGGCGAUGGUGAAAGCAGGAGGCAAUCGUCAGGAUUGCCAUGAGAAGAUUCGUGUUCUCUCCCAGCAAGCAGCUGCUGUUGUGAAACAGGAAGGGGGUGAUAAUGACUUCAUUGCCCGUGUCCGCGCUGAUCCUUACUUCAGCCCUAUCCAUAAACAACUUGAAAGUCUGUUGGAUCCCUCCUCCUUCACUGGACGUGCUCCUCAGCAGGUGGCAAAGUUCCUGAAGGAGGAGGUUCGACCAGCGCUGAUUCCGUAUCAAGGCAAGAUGGGUGGGAAAAUAGAGCUGGCACUUUAGGUAUAUUCUGCAAAGGUGUGUGGGUACAGGAAGAUAAUAAAAGCCUUAUUGAACCAGGUCUGUUUACUGUGUCACAUUGUUUUGGUUCGCUGCAGUACAUUUAACCCCCAGAGCUGAUUCCAGAUGGGCUUUUCAUUCUUUGUCUGCUGUUUAAUCAAGCCUCCAUCUACUGUGUGCUGAGUUACUGAGAAAUGCUUGAUUGUGACAAGGCAAUUUCAUCACCGUACCUUUCAUUGGCCCCUUACAGAGCACUGCCAGCUGUUGAAAGAGCGAUGCCAGGUGCUGCCUGACAUU